GUGGACAAGAUCGUUUCGUGUAAGUAAAAUCGCGUUAGUUAAAUAAAAAAACUUUUUUUAUUUUAAUUAUUUUUUUUUUUAUUCUUUAAUUACUAUUAUUUUUUAAAACAGACUAUUUACUUAUAUUUAAAUAAUUUUAACCUUAAAAAUAAUAAAGAUAUUUAAUUUAAUUUUUUAAAUUAAAAAUCUAAAUAUUUAAGUUGAGUGAAUCAACGUUUAACAAACGGUUUAUUUUCUAUUGAGAUUUUUUUUAACUACAAGAUUGGAGUGAAAUUUAGACGAGUUGGAAAAAUAAUAAUUCUUUUUUAUCAACGGGCGUGCCAACAAGUUUGUAAAAUGUUUUUAUGACUAUUGAUUAAUAAAAAAGUGAUAAUUAAAUAAUUUAAUUUUAUAAAUUUAAAUAAUUAUUAUUUUUAUUUAUAUUAAACGACUUUACUAAUUCAAUAAUAAUAAUGUCCAAGAGCAAACAUCAUCACAUUGACAGCAACAUUGUUGCUGUCAAAAGUAAAUUCGACGCAGAUAUCAUCCGUUUUUCAAUAAAUAAAAAUAAUCCAAUUGGUUACGAUGAAUUUCGUAAAAUACUCGCCGAGAAACACGAGCUAAAUAAAGAUGAGAAGGACAAAAAUUUUAAUAUUCGCUACACGGAUCCAACUGACAAUGAUUUGCUGCCAAUAAAUAAUGAUAAUAAUCUCGCACGUGCUCUGCUGGCCGCAAAGUCAUUGCUUAAGAUAAUAAUCACCCGAAAUGGAGACAGUUUCGAUGAUAAUCCCGGAACCGGGACUCUCAAGCCAAAAAAUUUAAUAUCGAGUAUUCUGGGCGGCACUCCUGGUAAACCCAGACCUCUUGUUUCAAACCCCCAUGACUUUAGACAGGUAUCAGCUAUUAUAGAUGUUGAUAUUUUACCAGAAACAUGUCGCCGUGUGAGAUUAUUGAAACACGGCUCCGAUAAACCUCUAGGUUUUUAUAUUAAAGAUGGUGAAAGUGUUCGUGUAUUACCACCAUCAGCUGGCGGUGGAUUUGAAAAAGUACCAGGUGUAUUUAUAAGUCGACUUGUACCUGGUGGUCUUGCUGAAAGUACUGGAUUACUAGCAGUUAAUGACGAAGUACUAGAAGUAAAUGGUAUCGAAGUUGCUGGAAAAACUCUUGAUCAAGUGACGGAUAUGAUGAUCGCGAACUCAUCAAAUUUAAUAAUUACCGUUAAACCAGCAAAUCAACGUGCAGCAAUGGCUGCACCAAGACGCGGUUCUUUUUCCCGCAACAGUCAGUUGUCGUCAGGAAGUCAUCAGUCAACUCAGAGUAUCGUCACAGGAAGCGCAAGCGACGAGGAAGCUGACGAAAUAGUUGAUCUGACGGGAGUUGCGCUUCAUGACGAUAUUCCUACAUCUUCCCACCAUCAUCAUCAUCAUCAACAUCAGCACCAGCAUCCGCAUCAACAUCAGCACCAGCACCAGCAUCAACACCAUCAACCUCACAAUCAUUUUAAUCAUGACCAACCAGGUGUUCUUCAUCUUUAAGGUAACCCGGGAAAUUUAAAUAUUAAAGUCUAAAAUGCCUUUCCAAGUGCCUCGAACAUUUUUUAAAAUAAUUAUAUGAGUAAUAACUUUAUGAGUAAUCAGUAAUUAGUUAUGAGUAACAAAUAUUAUGUGCAGCUUAAUGAGAUGAUUGUUAUCAAUGAUUCAUUUAUAUUUUAUUUUAAAUGACAACGUAACCUGAGUAUUAACAUGGUACUUAAUUAAUUAGCGAAUGUACUUAAUCAAAAAUAAUAAUUACGUUCGAGAAAUUUAUAUAAUUAUAUUUUUAAAAUUAAAAUAUACGAAUUUAUUUUAUAUAUAUAUAUAUCAAUUAGAAUGUAAAUAUUUUGAGGAAUUAUUUAUUUUUUUUCCUCUACCAGAACAAAUGAUCCCGAGUAAUUGUAAAUAAGUUAGUUAUUGAAAAAAAGUAAUUAAGAAGAAAACAUAAAAAAAAACUUAAGCAAUGGAUUAAGUGUUGAUAGCUCAUUUUUAUUAAUUAUUAAUUAUUAAUGUUUAAUUAUAUCAGGGAGAGUGGGGCAAAAUAAAACAUCACUUUCUAACAAAAAAAAAUUUUUCCUUCAGAAAAAAAUAUGGGAUGAGUUGGUCACACUAAAUCGUAAGCAUUUAAAAAUUUCGACAAAAAAAAUUUGUUUCGUGCUUAUUAUCUAGAUUAUUUUAUUACAAAUGGACAAAAAGUCGAUUUGGGAUAAAAUAAAUUUUAAAUAAAAAAUUUUUUUCGUCGAAAUUCUAAAAUGGUUCCAACAACGGAUCGGCUUACCCCAUAUUUCUAGAGUCUAUAUAAACGCAGUUAAUAAAUAAUUCGUCAUCUUACAAAAAUUCGUUUUUGAGAUUUUUUUACUUAAUUAAUCCUUAGGAAAUAAAAAAUUUUUUUCGAGUAGUUGAACGUUAAAAUAAAAUUGUGCUUAGUUUCUAUUUAAAUACUAGAUUGCAGAGGACCAUUCAGUAAUUAGAAUAAAAAUUAAAGUAAUUUGUAGCGUUAUCUAUUAAAUUAAAGUACUAAAUAAACUUUUCUAAUUACAAGUUAAAAAAUUUUUGUAAUUAAUUUUUUGCAUUACAAUAUUUUUGCUGUAAUAAUUCUAGCAAUACAGUGUCAAUUUACGUUAGAUUAUUUGGAUUUUGUCGCCAAGUAUGAUUAGUAAAUUUCCGAAACCGAGUCAUAUCGUAUGAAAUGUUUGUGAGAAUUAAAUUGGCUAUUCUUUAUUUCGUGAUACAAAAUUUAAGUUCAUUUUUUAUGGAUUUGCUUAAUUUAGGUUGUUAAACUAUUAGGGUAGAGGUACCGUUUUUGGCCACUUUAGGGCUCGUUUUAGAUACUUGAAAAAUUUUAAUAAAAUAAUUUGUAAAAGACGCAAUGACGUAAUUAAUUUUUAAAAUGUGUUCAAAGAUACUUUUAACCCGCUAUAUAAUGGUACUUUUAUUUUACACUUUUUUUAUUUAUUAAAAUAGAAUAUUAAAUGUCCAAAAAUGGAGCAGUGGCCACAAAUUCUACCUCUAUCCUAUAUUUUUUUUUCUUGGGGAUUGAUUAAUAAAAUCACAGAGAAGCAAUUUGUGCCCGAAUAAUUUGGAAAUAAAUUGAAUUAAAAAUAAUUUUGAAUCUUUAAACGCAAUUUUCUCCACAUUACAUCUAUUUUGGCUUAUACGUUAUUUAUUAUCUACGUCCACAUGUAAACAUUUUUUUUUUUUUU